AAUGUCACUAGUGUCAAAAUUAAAACACCGAAACUUUUAAAAUUUUGGCAGUGUUGUCUUAAUAAAACUUUUAAUAACUGUACCCUACUUGUGACCCAUUCAUUUAUAACUAUUAAUUAAUUUAAAUAAAAAAAAAAUUGACAAAAUUGAUGGAAAAUGGAAAAUCCCCAGAAAUGAUGACGAUUUAUACCAAUUUCUCCGUAACGUGAAUUCAUGACUGAGAUGAGCCAAGCGACGCCUUGGCAUGAGUCUAGGUUUCGAAUCGCUGGUGUCCCUCGUCUCAACCUCUUGGAAGAAUUUAAGCGUUCGAGUCCAGGAAUACACGAAAGAAACCGUGGAGCAUUUAAUCGUUUUCGUAUCCGUGUACAUCAUAGUAUGCGUAUUCCUGUACCUCUCCAUAUGCCGCUGGAAGCUGAUCGACUUCAAAAAAGACGUAAAAAACCCCCACCGAGUCCUCCUCGUGAUCGCACACCCUGACGACGAAUGCAUGUUUUUCGGCCCCACAGUCUUAAACUUCACCAAACAGAACCAAUGUAAAGUUUUCCUAAUGUGUCUAUCGACAGGGCAAAAAGUCCGCAAACAGGAAUUGUACAAGUCGUGUCGCAUGUUGGGGAUUGAUGACAGUUGCAUCACUGUGUGCAACCACACGAACUUGCCCGACCGAAUGGGGGCCAAAUGGCCGAUCGAAUUGGUCGCAAAGUUGAUACUAAACCACGUUGAGAGCCACAAUAUUGACACACUUGUCACGUUUGAUAAACACGGAGUCAGUUAUCAUCUCAAUCACUGCAGCAUUUACUACGCGAUCGCUCAUCUCAGCAUCGAGAAAAAAUUGCCCAAGGAAUGUUCGGUUUAUGUCCUAGAAACUGUCAAUUUGUUGAGGAAAUAUUGGCUCUUGUUGGAUAUUCCCGUGUCAUUUCUUUUGUCCAGGAUAAGAUAUUUAGUGACUUCUACAGAUCGGGCGCUUAUCCAUAAAGCCAUGAAACAGCAUCAGUCGCAAUUAGUUUGGUUUAGACGUCUCUACAUGCUUUUCUCAAGGUAUAUGCUUAUUAAUUCACUACAAUUAAUGGAAUUGUCGGAUAUAGAAUUAGACUUAGAAAUAGAUGACUAAAUUUAUACCACUCUAGAGGAAAGAAAGUUUCAACUUUUCUAUCGACUUGUAAAUACAAACCUACCUCUUGAAUUUUGUUGUUUUUGUGCCAAAGUCUAUGCUUUGUAAGUUUUUAUGAAUUUUAAUAAAAUUUUGUUUCUA